AUGAAUAAUCCCAUUGUAAUUGAUUCAAUUCAAAUUCCCGAACUUUUUAACGCAAUUGUUGCCGCAGUGGAUGAUCAGCUUGGUGAUCUGGGCAUGCGGCACCCGCCGCAUAUCGAACGAACCUUAAUCAGAGCCAAUUCCGCGAUAUCUCACUGUGUUUCACACCCGCGCAUAUCGCCUUCUUGGAAGACCAGACGCACCACAAGCGUGAAAAGCCCCGUUAGGCCUGGCCAUAAAGGCUCUUCGCCGCCGAAAUCUUUUGGGCCCCCGUUGGGCGGGUCGGAGCAUUGGAAGCUGGAGAGCUUCUUGAUUAUGCCGAAAUGGAACUUGAUGGGCAAUUUGGAUAAACUUUCCGGAUUUAAGUGUAAAGGAAUUGCCGACCAUCGGAUACGUUUGGGUCAUAUUCUGGUCCAAAUAUCGAUCCAUUUCAGCUCAAAUAUGGCUCUUUGGCCACCGUAG